AUGAAAUUGGAUUUAGUGGAGGUUCAGAAGCUUGAAGGUCACUCUGCUCGUGUUUGGAACGUCGCCUGGAAUCCCGCCGCCGCCGGUGUUCUUGCCUCCUGCAGCGCCGAUAAGACCGUACGAAUCUGGGAACAGAGCUCGCUCUCUCGUUCUUGGUCCUGCAAGGCAGUUUUGGAAGGCACGCACACAAGAACUGUGAAAUCGUGCGCUUGGUCACCGUCUGGGAAGUUAUUGGCCACUGCAAGUUUUGAUGGCAAAACUUGCGUUUGGGAAAACUUUGCUACCGACUCCGAGUGUGUAUCCGUUUUACAGGUACAUGAAAGUGAAGUCAAAAGUGUGUCAUGGAAUGCAUCUGGUUCGUUGCUUGCAACAUGUGGUAGAGACAAGUCUGUCUCGAUUUGGGAGAUACAACCGGAGGAUGAAUGUUAUUGUGUCGCAAUGUUAUUAGGUCAUUCAGAAGAUGUUAAGAUGGUCCAGUGGCAUCCCACUAUGGAUCUUUUGUUCUCUUGCAGUUAUGAUAACACUAUUAUUAAGGUUUGGUGGUGUGAGGAUGAAUAUGGUGAUUAUGAUUGUGUCCAAACCUUAAGUGAAUCUAACAAUGGCCAUUCCUCUACAGUAUGGGUUAUCUCCUUUAAUGCUGCUGGGGACCGGAUGGUCACUUGUAGUGAUGAUCGAACAGUAAAAAUAUGGGGGACAGAUAUUAAAAGGAUGCAAUCUGGUGAAGGAUAUGUACCCUGGACCCAUCUUUGUACACUCUCUGGUUCUCACGAUCGUGCCAUAUACUCAGUUCAUUGGUCAAGGGAUGGUAUUAUUGCUAGUGGAGCAGGGGAUGAUACUAUACAGUUAUUUGUGGACAGCGACAGUGACUCUGUUGUUGAACCUGCAUACAAACUUUUGCUUAAGAAGGAGAAGGCACAUACUACGGAUAUAAAUUCAGUCCAAUGGGCACCUGAUAAGGAAAGCCGGUUGCUUGCCUCGGCCAGCGACGAUCAAACGGUUAAGAUUUGGAAGCUUGUAUCGGAGCCAUGA